AGUAAUAGUAGUUUAUUCAAAAGUUGAAUGAUGGCGCCAAAAUAUGGAGGAAAGAGAUCGAUUCGUGAGUUUAUUUUCAUUAUUAAAUGAAAGAUGACCCGAAACAGCAGGGCUGCUUCUAUUAAAUAUGCCAAGAAGAAGAGCAAAGUCUGUUGUAUUCAGGACUCCUCUUGAGAAACGAAAGUUGAAAUCAGCAAGGAAUAAUUCUCGCAAUGAUGCCUCAAAUUAUGAAGCUACAUCAUCUAGUUUUACUGGAUUCAUAACUUCAACACCAAGAAAGGCCAAUGCUCAUAAUCGAUCCUCAUCGCAUCAAAAAGAGGGAAAGGAAUCUCCAUUAUUUGAGAAAAGCAUUAGAUUGACUUCUUUUGUGGAAUCUGCUUCCGGAAAAAAAACUCACAGGAAAGUUGGUCGACCCCCAGGAAAAAAAUCAAGCUAUGUUAAGAAAAACAAUCAGGGCAACACAAAAGCAAGUGAAAAAAGUUCAAAAGUAAAGCACGCAGACUCCUUUAUAAAGCCUUCACACAAUGGUAAAAAAUUACUCCAGGAAUCAGACAAUUUACCACGUGAUCCUACUGUGAAUCUUAACGCGAGUUCAGUUAACCUCGCAUCAUCAAAUUCAAGCCGCAUAUCAAGUCGGAGGUUGGCAAAAAGUAAUGGCGAAUCGUCGAGAAGUAGAAAACGUAAAAUGUCCAAUGAGAAUGAGCUAGAAAAUAUUAAAAGUCAGGAGGAAAAACGUCAUAAGAAGGCGUCAUCAAAUGCGGAGGUUUCUUCAGUUUCUUCAGAACAUACUGUGAAAAGUAGACGUAAAAUAUCAAAAAGAGCGAAUGUUGCUACAUCUCUUAACAGAAUACGAGAUGUGAAUGUGACAAAAAAAUCAUUUCAGAAAUGGAAGCCAUUAUCAGCACGUACAAUUAAUUUCGUUGAAGAUGCCAUUAGCUCAGUAAUUCUCAACGUGGUAGCUGAAGCAAAUAUAAAAGAUGAGGAAGAAAGUGAGCAUUGUCUCAUCAUAUUGAAACAAAGAGUUGUUGAAAGAUUGCAAUGUUUAAAAGCACCUUACACGAAAGAGGAUUACAAGAAGAUGGAAGCAGAAAAUAAACAAGCAAAGAAUGCUUAUCACAAGAAAGAUAGAGAAGUAAAUACUCUUGAGAAAAAAAUUGAAGACGAGCAAAGAGAUCUCGAUAAACAGAAAGCAUUGGUUGCUAAGCUCAAUGCAAAACUAGAAGGACUUAAAGAAGUUUUUGACACGGUGGAGGUUCAUCCAUUGUUAGAACAGACGGAAAAUUCAUUGCAGUUGCCUAAGUUACCAGAUGACUACGAUGAACAGGAUGUCGAUGGCUAAACUGAAAAUGGCGAUCUUAUUGAAGAAUUAGAGGGAAAUGCCACCCUUUGUGGUUUACAGAAAUACACGAAAAACCGAAAUUAGCUUAGACAAAUUGGAAGUAUAUUUCAUUAACAUUUAUACUAUCUUGUGAGCCAUGUUUGUAAAUAAUAACAGAAGAGGGCAAGAUUCUCGAGAUUCUCCUGAUACCUGAGUUAUUAGUGAGUCCAAGGACUUGUUUAGUAUUUUUAUUAUUAGUUUUUAACUUAAUAAUUAUGUAAUAAUGUCAAGACCAGUUGCUAUAAAGUAUGCAAUGGCUUAUACACUGACAUUAAACGUUGAUAUUUGUUUA